GCGCUUCUCCCCCUCCUUGGGCUACAGGCAUCUAUCUAUCGCCAACUUCUACAUCCGAUCCAACCCCCCCGUCUCAGGAUGUCUCUGGCUGUGAUUCAAAACCCGCUGGCUCCUCCGUCAGCUGCAGAGGCACUCGUCUUCUUCUAUUCCACUCCUAAAGAAAAUGUUGUUAAUCUCGGUGUGCGUCGUCCGACGUUGUUGAGCGAUGCGGAAGCCUCUCCUUACAGGGACUACAAUACUGAGACUCAUGUGGACGUCGUACCUAGCGCGGGCCUUGAGAUUGCAUUCUACAAUGGCGCACCUCGAGUGUUUGGUUUCACAAAAGCUGAGCCCGAUGACGAAUAUGAUGAAGAACCCGGUAGUGGUGAAGCUGAAGAGUCCGAAAAGCCAACUACUUAUAGGCGCCUCACUCAGCUGAGCCCUACCGUGACUCCAAUUGACGCCCAUAACUCAAACUCGGUGGCCAUCUUCACAAACGCACUUACAUCUGUCUAUGACAGAAAGAAUGCAUACCUCUUUGCCAUAAGACUCAUAGAUGGUAAAGAUGAGGAAGUGGAUUUGGUUUAUUAUACUUUGACCGCCACAAAUGCCUAUGCCAAGGUCUAUCCUCUGACAGCUCGGUGGGAUACUCAAUUGGCCGCAAUUAUUACACCCACUGGCGAACAUCGAUUCUUCUAUCAACCCGAUACAAAUACCAUUAGAUACAGAGAUGUUGAAGGAGACGACUUCAAUGACGUUCCUGGUGUGGAGGCUUGGGAAAAUACCCCAAUUGCCGUGACCCACGCGCAUACUGAAGCCAAUGGGAACCCCAAAUACCUCUAUCUCUACUAUGUGGCACAGAAAAACAAUCGCGUUCAUCGGACGAGAUACGAGUAUGAGAAAAAGGUGGAAAAAGAAGCGGAUAAGUGGGAUAAGGCGCCACUCCAGCUGGAUACCAGAGAAAUCAAAGAGCCUUGGAGGUGGAUCAAGGUGAUUCCAUAUGAUGACGAGAAGAAUGUUGCUUUCUUCUUCGAUCACGAAAACACCCUCUACAAACUCGAGGACUAUCUCUCCAAUGCUCCCGCUCGUGUGGUGCCUGUGAAGCCGGAUAACUAAAUAGCUUGCUUUCUCUGCUUUGGUCUGUA